AUGGCAUCCACCGACAGCUAUUGGAUGAUUGGGUUUGCAAUUAUGUGUAUAGUAACAAUUAUUGGUUGUAUCGCUCACAUUGCUAUUCUCUUAGUAGUAUUAUCAAUUCAAAAUUUACGAAAAAAUCCAUCCAAUUCGUUCAUCGUUACACUUUCCUUAACUGGACUUUUGGCGACGUCAAUUGUACUUCCUUCGGCCAUCGUUAUUUACGAUGAUGUGAAAUCUGGUUCAAAAAAGUGGGUGGUAGCAAAUUGUUCGACUGACCAUACUGACGACAUUCCUUGGGGUAUGUGUAUUGCCUUGCAGGUACUACAUAAUUUUUCAAUUUACAAUUCCGCUUGGUUGGUUUCUGCUAUUGCAAUUGAAAGAAACGUGUCCAUCACCCGCCCAUUUCAUGCGGCUUCGGCAUUAAAAUAUGUGUUGUUGAACGCAAUCGUGACAGCGGGCAGCAUACUUUUUGCUUUAAUUCCAAUUUUCCAAUCACCUGAUAAACCUUGUUAUCCACCAUACGCCUAUAGUUUUCAGGAUCCAGUUUUCCGUUGGUUGCAAUUUUUGGUAGUCUAUGUACUUCCAAUCAUUAUUAUCGUAGUAAUGUAUUUGAACAUUUACCGAGUUGCACAGAAUGUGCAAAGAACAAUUCAGCCGACCCCUUCUUUGUUUCCUACAAUAAAUGAAACGACUCUGAGAAUAUGGACUGUAAAUCCAGUUGUCGUUUCGCAAACAGAAUCAAGUGUGAUUCCUAAUAAUAAGAAACGUAAUAAAGCAAUCAAGACGUUAGUGCUUACAAUCGGUUCCUACAUUGUACUAUGGUCGCCCUAUUGGAUAUUGAACGUGAUCCCCAUUGUUCAUCACGAAGAUUUUCUGUGUGACGCAGUUCCUUGGUACAUUACAAACAAUGGCUCUAUAACGGUGACGUGGCUUAUGUAUGCAUCAAUCAGCAUUAAUCCACUGUUAUACGGUCUCUUGAAUCGUGCCAUCCGAACAGAAAUCAAAGGCAAAAUGCAAAUGACAAAGCAUUUUUUGUUUUGUAAGAAUACGCAAACAGAAUCAGCAAAUCGAGAAGAGCAUGGAGCGAAUGCGCCAGAAAAUUUCUGGGAGUUCUUGGAACGGACUAACAGUCCUCUUCCUGCUUAAAGUUAAACGUAUAUCAGCUGAAGAGACGCGCCGAGAAAUAAACGCAUAGGCUACAUGGA